AUGACAAGAAAAAACAAAUCUCGGCGACCGGCAGCAGGGAAGCACGGUGGCGGUCAUCCCGCUUCUCCGCCAUCCUUUCCUCCUCCUCCUCCCCCGGAGGAAUCUUCGUGCGCUGACAUAGCAAACUGGUUAGGGCAUGGUGGGGUCACCUUGGUGCUGUUUGAGACGCCCUCUGGCUUUGCACUGCUGAAAUAUAAUGGCGUCAAUCUCUUUCGCUGUGGAGCCUUGAAGGACACAUGGGUACAGUUUACGACGAAAAGGAGAAACUCUGUUGUCUGCCUGCUAGAUUUUCAAAUAUUUAAGGACAAGUCUGUUGCCAUCAACCUUGAAACUGGUCUCAGUUACAAGCUUGUUAAGAUGAUCAGGUCGCAUUAUAGCAGUGGGCAGAAACUUGCUGUUGGGAACAGUGACUACAAAACGAUCAUUGAAGCAAAAUUGAAAAUACACUGCCUGUUUGAUGAACCCGUGAUGGAAUUGAUGUGGGGCCUGAAGCACAUAAUGAAGAGUUUAGUGCCCACUGAAACAUGUGAGCUGACUACGGAGGACCGCCGCCAUAUGAGUAAAGGAAUGCAAUUGAUCCUGAGUAACUAUGGCUUCAAGGUCGAUGAAGAUCUUAUCACUAUAGCAACUGCUGUGUACGAGUCUGACUACCACGUGAAUAGGUUUGCUGAGUUUUUGCACCGUGAUGGUGAAUAUCUGAAGGAGGUAUCUGGUAUUGAUUGUCAGAAUUGGGAUCUACAAAAACUUGCUGCUGCCCUUAAAUUACUAUCUUACCCUAACGAUGAAAUCGAAACUGGCACUUCUAAUGAGGUAAACAAUGUUGUCGGAAGAUAUGAAAAGUACAUUGGUGGAUCAAGCACAUUGGUGGAUCAAGCACACAAGUAUGAACGUAAGCUCCAUAAGGGGACAUGCUUGAAUAUCUACAAGGAGAUCCUGUUUGCCCAUGCUGUCAGGAGUAGGGCGCUGGUGUCCUUGAAGGCCAAAGCCAUGGGUAAGAAGAAGAAUCACGUCAACAUUGUGGUCAUUGGCCACGUCAACUCUGGCAAGUCGACCACCACCGGCCACCUGAUCUACAAGCUUGGAGGCAUUGACAAGCGUGUGAUCGAGAGGUUUGAGAAGGAGGCCGCUGAAAUGAACAAGCGGUCCUUCAAGUACGCGUGGGUGCUUGACAAGCUCAAGGCUGAGCGUGAGAGAGGUAUCACCAUUGAUAUUGCUCUGUGGAAGUUCGAGACCACCAAGUACUACUGCACUGUCAUUGAUGCCCCUGGACACCGUGACUUCAUCAAGAACAUGAUCACUGGUACCUCCCAGGCUGACUGUGCUGUCCUUAUCAUUGACUCCACUGGUGGUUUCGAGGCUGGUAUCUCUAAGGAUGGCCAGACCCAUGAGCAUGCUCUCCUUGCUUUCACCCUUGGAGUGAAGCAGAUGAUUUGCUGCUGCAACAAGAUGGAUGCGACCACUCCCAAGUACUCCAAGGCCCGUUACGAUGAGAUUGUUAAGGAAGUCUCAUCCUACAUCAAGAAGAUCACCGAGCCCAAGAGGCCUUCGGACAAGCCUCUGCGUCUGCCCCUCCAGGAUGUUUACAAGAUUGGUGGUAUUGGAACUGUCCCGGUUGGUCGUGUGGAGACUGGUGUCAUCAAGCCUGGGAUGGUUGUCACCUUCGGUCCAACUGGCCUGACCACUGAGGUGAAGUCUGUUGAGAUGCACGACGAGGCUCUCCAGGAGGCCCUUCCUGGUGACAAUGUUGGCUUCAACGUGAAGAACGUGGCUGUGAAGGAUCUCAAGCGUGGGUAUGUGGCCUCCAACUCCAAGGAUGACCCUGCCAAGGAGGCUGCCAGCUUCACGUCCCAGGUCAUCAUCAUGAACCACCCUGGGCAGAUCGGCAACGGCUAUGCCCCAGUGCUGGACUGUCACACCUCCCACAUCGCUGUCAAGUUUGCUGAGCUCAUUACCAAGAUCGACAGGCGGUCUGGCAAGGAGCUUGAGAAGGAGCCCAAGUUCCUGAAGAACGGUGACGCUGACGGUAGCUGUUGGAGUCAUCAAGAGCGUGGAGAAGGACCCGAGUACCCGACUGGUGCCAAGGUGACCAAGGCUGCUGCCCAGAAGAAAUGA